UAUUUCUUUCGAUAUCCAACUUUCUUUAUCUUACCAAUCUUUGGAUUGUCAUUUCCAAGUAGUAUUUGAGUCUGCCUAGCUCGCAGUAAUGGGGAGAAAAAUAGGUAAUCGGAGAGUUGAACAAAAACGGGAGGUAAUUUCGGGAGAAUGGCUAAUUGUAGAGGCGGGGGGGGGGGGGGGGGGUAAGGGCGUUUUCGAGGAAACGGGUAGAAAAUUGCCUCACUGCCCCGUUUAUCCAUGAAUAAACAGGCCAGAACCUAGGAAAUUUCCAAAAUCUACAUAUACAUAAUAUUUUGAAUCAAAACAAAAUUUAAACAGUUUUUGGGUUUAAUUGCUCUAUUGGCUGGUUAUUUACUUUGGGAUGACACAAACGAUGAACUUUAUUGGCUUUUUUAUAUGGGACAAAAGCCUCUAGCAACCGUUGUUUUAGUUAUUUUGUCAUUAAGUUGGUUAUAUGGAUUGGGAAUAUUAUUUCAACAAUUAUUUGUUAAUGAUUUACUUGAAAAAAUUGGAAAACCAAAGUUACUUUUUAUGCAUUUAUUAAAUGGAUUACUUAUUUCUGGCAUAGCAAUAAUUGAAAGUUUGUAUUUAAAUCAAGAAAUUGGUGGACAUAAAGGAGGAGGAGAUACUCCUCAUCCGUCUCCAGAGCCUGGGGCUCUUUCACUAAAUUAUUUACCGCGAUUAAUUGUUGUGACGGUUUGUUGUUGGGUUAUUGUGGCAAGUUAUAUUGGCCAAUUUAUUUAUGUAUUACUUCAAUAA